UGGAUGUUUCAGGCGAUAGAUCCGGCUAAUAACUAAUUGUUGUAUCCUGAAGCAUGAUCAUGACUAUGCUUUAAAAAAAAAUGGUCCAAAGUUUAAACCGGGUGGCGUGGUUUUUUUCAUGGCACAAAUUAGCGAAAAAUUGGCAAAGUUCGUGGAAUUCAUGCCGAACUUGUUGCACGUGGUUAGUUUCUCAGCAAAAAAUCGAAUCCCAACGAUUUACUUCAAGCACCACAAUAUGUGUUGAUGCUGGGACGACGUUUGCAUCACAGAUCAGAAAAAGAAUCAUUCAUACGUUACCUGGAGAUUUUGGUGAACAGUUACCAAGCCUAAAGCAGAUCGAGCAUUUUCUGACAAGUCGUAAACUCACGUUCGAACGCGGUCAUACUUCACUCAUAGGAAAUUGUCCACUAUGUGCUAGCAAAGCUCAGAGUAUAGAGGAGAAGGGCAAUGCACGAACACUUUAUAUUAAUAAGACUACUGGAAGUCAUUUUUGCAAAAACUGUGGAUUAUCGGGAACCUGGAGUCAAUUUAAGAAGAUACAUGAAGGAAACAUUUCUCAAGAGGCAAAUAAAUUCUCUUCAAAUGGCAAUCAUAUUGAAAGCAGUUCAGAUUUAGCCAGACAAAUAUGGGAAAAGUCUACUUCACUGACUCAGUGUGAUCAUGAGAUGUGGGAAAAGUUUAUUAAUCAUUUCUCAGUCAAGGAAUUAAGAAGGGAUGUAUUGGAGAAAUUUCAAGUCAGAUUUGUUGAACAUGAGUUCAAGGAGCAAAAUGGGAGGUCAAGAAAAUAUGAGUGUAUAUUAUUCCCAUGGUAUGAUGUCAGCAAGGAAACUGUUCGGGGCAUUAAGCUGGUGAGGCUGGGGUCUGACUCAUCUGACUCCUGCAUUGCUAUUGAACCACGGCAGGGCUUUUUGGGACUAUUUGGUUGGAAUACUGUAGAUUCUGAAAAAAAGGAGGUUGUUUUGACUUCCAACGAGUUUGAUGCUAUUGCUGUGAGUCAAUCAACUAUUUAUCCAGCCAUUUCCCUUCCAAUGGGAACAAACUCCCUUCCUCUUGAGGUUCUACCACAACUUGAACAAUUUGAGAAGAUUGUUCUUUGGUUUGGAAAUGAUGUUUUCUCUCGGCAUGCAGCCAAUCAGUUUUCAAAGAAGUUAAACUUGAAAAGGUGUUUCCUAGUCAGGCCAAAUGAUGACAAAUCUCCAGCAAAUGCCUUAGAUGCUUUAAAUUUGGGUUAUGAUCUCACAUCAUUAAUUUCUGCUGCUCAACCAAUCAGCCAUGAAAAAAUCACUACUUUCCACCAGCUGAGGAGUGAAGUUUUUGAUCAGUUUGUUAAUGCUGAGCAAGUCGCCGGAGUGAAGUGGAAGAGAUUUCCAAAAUUAAACAACAUUCUGAAAGGUCUACGGCGAGGAGAAGUGACAGUGUUUACAGGGCCCACUGGAGCAGGAAAAACAACUUUAUUAAGUGAAAUGUCACUUGAUCUCUGUAUGCAGGGGGUGAACACGCUUUGGGGAAGUUUUGAGAUUCGUAAUGUACGCCUUGUGAAAAUGAUGAUGUGUCAGUAUUCGGGAUUGAAUUUAGAGAGAAACGUUGAGCAGUUUCAUUACUGGGCAGACAAGUUUGAGAUGUUACCAAUGUACUUCAUGUGUUUCUACGGAGCUCAGAACAUUAACACUGUCAUCGAAACCAUGAGUCAUGCUGCUUAUGUGUAUGACAUCGAACACGUCAUCGUCGACAAUCUACAGUUUAUGACCUCAUAUCUAAGCCGUGGGGACGACCGAUUUUCGGCUCAGAAUCACGUGAUCUCAGCACUGAGGAAUUUUGCUAGCACCAGGAAUGUACAUGUCACUUUGGUCAUCCAUCCAAGAAAGGAAAAUGAUGAUGUUGAACUGCAAACAGCGUCCAUCUUCGGUACAGCAAAAGCCAGUCAAGAAGCAGACAAUGUGGUCAUUCUUCAGAGCAAGAAAGGAGCAGCUAAUAAAUAUCUUCAGGUUACGAAAAAUCGCUUUGAUGGUGUACUGGGCCGCGUUCCUUUGGACUUUGUCAGAGAAUCUCUAUCAAUGUCAGGAUUUGGUAAAACAUUCUCAUCAAUGAACACCAGUGACAGAAAUGGAAGGCUUCCUGAAAAGCUUAACGCAACUAGAGUGACGGCAGACGUGAAUAUUGUGAAGUUUUCAGCGCCAAGAAUUAUUGGGGCGCAGAGAUCAGCACAACAAAAUGGAGUGUCACCAAAGACGGUUUCUUCUACGCCUGCUAAGGAGAAUAAAGACGUAGUAGCGUCGGAUGAAGUUACAAGAAAUGUGAAUUACAUAAGCAAGAUCAACGGUGAAUCAAAUCAUAAUGAAACAGUUAUGGAAAGCGACAACACUUCUGAUAAAAUCUCGGAAGAAAAAAAGGAAAGUGUAAAAAAAGCAGUCAAAAAGAUUCUAAGCGGCACCCGCUUGUACACUAAAGCCGUCAAUGGUCCACGAAACAGUACUAGUGUGGGUAAAUCUUCGUGGAGGCGAGUUGUAACCCAAUCCAGCGAGUAACCCGGAAUUUGCGUAACAGUUAAACCUGCAUUAGGCGUCUAUCCUCGGGAAAGAGCCAGAUGAUCGCUGACUAAGUUUGGAGAGAUAUGUGGCAGAAGAAGACAAAAAAAUUAAUAAAUAAAGUCGAUCACACAAUUUACAUUAGUUAAGUGUGGUCUUGAUGCAAUGAAGCUAUGUUCAAAAUCACUUUGACAGUCAUUCAACAUCAAGUAAAAAAAUUAGUUAUGGUCGUCGCAUUGCCUAUGAAUGUGUAACACCGGUAUUUGAACCAGUGGUGCUUGGUGAAACUGGGUAAUUUGAUAUUAUCAACUGAGUUAAUAACGCUAAUUGGCUACCGUAAAGAGUUUCAAAGCUGACGCUUCGAGCGUUAGCCCUUCGUACUUAGUAAAACGCUGACUUUGCCUUUUACUUUUUUAAAAGAAAGUUUCGUAUUUUUUAUCUCUUAUUGAAAAAAAUCAGUCGGUAAGAGGCUUUCACAGGGAAAUAAUAUCUAGGUUUCAGACCCUUCAACGACCCCUUUAACGAUAGAACCCUCAGAUUAAGCAGUUGUAAAAUAAACCAUAGAACCACAAAACACUGAGCCUAUUACGAAAUUUUAGUAUUGACAGGUUUAUUCAGUACAAUCACAUGAUUGAUUACUGUGCUUGACGUGGUUUGUCGGUUUUCACUUUGCCCUGACAAGAGAAGAAUCUGGUCAGAGAAGAAUCGAGUCAGAGAAGAAUCGAAAGAAGACAACUGAAAUUCGGUUGAAUUUCGGUUGAAUUCAGGACUUUCAGGAGAUGGGAUAGCGUACUUUUGAAAUUCUUUUUUUUUUUUUUUUUAAUUUUUUUUGUUUUAGUCGGUGCUUCUUUAUUUACAUCAUAUUUAAAAACGCAACUUCAUUGAGAUUUAAACAAUAAUCACGUGUGUUUGGAUUGAGUGCGAAUAUUGUCCAUGCAGCAUCUUCUCAUGCUGACUACCCAAUACAAAUAACUUAUUAACUACUACGUAUGUCUUUUGAUGAAAGGGAAAAGAACUGCUUUAACGCUCGUCACUAUUCUUUCAGCUGAGAACAGAUCCGUUCCGCAAUACGCAAUGUAAUUCACUUUGUUAUAAAUAGAUCUAUAACAAUACAUACAGAUGGUCGAAUACCAUUUCUUUUUUCUUUGUUGUUGAAGACUUAAUCAAAAUUUUCAUAAAAUCAAAAAGCCGAUCACGUAGACAGGCUAAGACUUGGUUUCUGUGUACAAAUCCUCCGUCCCGUCUUCGAAUUAAA